UCUGGUAUUUUAUUUAGCAAUAAAGCAGGGAGUGAAUCUGCAUUGCCUACUGUGAACUCGUAUACUGCAGUCAGCCAGGUGGGUUCUACCUCUACAUACAUCAAUAGAAAAAUGUUGACUCGUAAAGAAGAAUUAUUCGUGAAGCCUUUUCAGCAAAGAUUAUAUCAUCAGCACAAAGUUAAACUCAAGUCAGCCACCGCGCGGGUGGAUACAACACCACCGCAAGAAUGGCAGCACAUAGUGCUGAAAACAAAGAAAUACCAAAAGGAACGAGAGAGGUGUACGCAGAUAUUAAUGAACAAUGGUAUUUUGUGGCGACACUUGAGCGAAAUAAUGAACACCAGACGUGUGGAUAACCGUUGGGACUACGAACAACCAAAGUUUUUUCAUAGAGUAAAUUUAUUUACAAAAUGUAAUAAUAAACUAACUGUUGAUAUUGAAGAAUCAUCUGAGUCCGGUAAAGUACAAACUGAAGUAAAAAAUGAAAGGUGCAUUGCAUGUAAUCCAAAUUUAUCAAUUUCCAAGGUAAAAAUAGUUUUAUGCAGAAUCUCAAUACAUAAGUUAAUUAUAACAUUGUAUUAUAUUCAUAAUUAGACGAAUAUACCAGAGGAAAGAAUACCAUGGGAUCCACCAAAAAAGAAAUUAUCGAAAAAGUUACGAAGCCUAUCCAUCCAUAAUGAUGGGGUGAAUUUCAAUUUGUUCUAACUGAAUAUAAAAAUAUUUUUAAAUGUAAAUAAUUUAAUUUUGUUACAGGGUGUUAAAAACACGAAACAUCAAUUAAUAUUGAAGAAGUCUACAGAGUGUGAGAAAAAACGUAAAGUCUCGAAAAAAAAUGAUAACAAGUUAAACAUCAAUAAUAACAUAAUGAUUGAAACAAAUAAUUAUUUAAAUUACAUUGAAAUAAAUGAAGGUUCAUUAGAUCUUGUCAUAAAGUUUCCAUCUGGGAGCAAAGUUUCAAUGGUCGAAGGAAAAACAAAAAGAAUACUUCAGCCUAAUAAUUGUCAAUGUACAAGAUGUCUUUAAGUUAUUACACAUAGCACGUUAAAUUCAUAUUAUUAUAAUAAGUAAACUAGUAUAGUUCAACGUACAAUAUUGUCAUGGUAUUUUUUUAUUUACAGAAAAUUGUAAAUGUGAAAACAAAGCACUUUUAACUUUUAUCACUUAACGAAUUUGCAUAGAAAUGAUAGGCUUGGUAAUAUUAUAUUUAACAUUUUGAAUUACAUUAAUUAAUUGUGACCUGGAAGUAAAAUUAUGUUUUAAUGAAAAAAAUUCUAUAAUACGUAGAUAUAAUAACAAUACUAAAUACAUUCAAAAAUUAUCACGGAUAUAACAUAUUAGAUUUACAAUAAAAAAGGGUGAAAUUGAGCUGAACAUAAUAAAAUAUGUAUAUAUAAAAAGAACAUUAUCAUUUAAAGUAGCAAACAAGUCUGCAACUUUUGGAUGGCCAAUAUCAUUGAAAUUAAAAGCACUCAAAGAUCAUAAAUAAAACAUUUCUGAGUUCAUAGAAAAAUUAAUUGAGUUUAACAUGUUAAACAGUUAUAAUUGAUAUUUAUUAUUUUAGAGUAUAAGAUAUUGAAACCAGAUGUUAUAUUAAUUAUGGUACAUUUAGUUUUCCACCAAUAUGAGAUUUUACUAUUAGAUGCACACUCGGUGGAAAUUG